UCAAGAUCUUUGACUACGGAUAUUACAUAGUAAAGCGAGGCUUUGUUGUAUGCUGUGAAAUGUGUAGGCGUGAAUAGUUGAGAUGUGUUUGUUGUUAGUGGUGUUUGUGUGGUGGCCAGCGUUUCUCAAAUGAAUAGAACUUUGGAAAUUUUCGUCUGAGUUUGGCGGGUAUUUUACAGAUAUGAUUCCGACUUGACAGCGAAACUGUGUAAACUGAGUUUAACAUGUUUAUAUUUCAGAAAUUGAAAGGAUCUUCUCUAUAAUGAAGAGUGUGUUGGAAAAGACACGAAAUUCUGGUUGAAUGUUUUCCUCGGGUCUGAGUUGUAACUUACCAUUUCCCAGCUGCCUGGGAUAUCCAACAGAAGCUGAAGAACUUAUUCCAAGGAUGGCUCGAGAGCCAGUCAUCUUGAAUGUUUAUGACAUGUAUUGGAUUAACGAGUAUACUACCCCUAUUGGCCUCGGUGUCUUCCAUUCUGGUGUCGAGAUAUAUGGGACCGAGUAUGCAUAUGGAGGACACCCAUUUCCUAUAUCAGGAAUAUUUGAUAUCACUCCAAGGAAUGCAGAAGAGCUUGGAGAGCAAUUCCAGUUCAGACAAUCUGUUCAUAUAGGUAACACAGAUUUCACAGAUGAUGAAGUUAAGAGAAUAAUAGUAGAACUUGGGAAAGAUUUUCGUGGAGAUCGUUACCAUUUAAUGAACAAGAACUGCAAUCACUUCUCCGGCUCCUUCACUCAGAUUCUCUGUGGUCAAGAGAUACCAUCUUGGGUGAACCGACUGGCGUACUUCAGCUCGUGUGUUCCUUUUCUCCAGCGCUGCUUGCCUCGUGAAUGGUUAACACCCAUGGCAUUGCAGCAUUCUAUAAGUUCACAUCAGGAAAAUUCAUCAGAUACUUCAUUGUAACAUUGGUGAUAAAUAAGUUUCAGAUGGGAACUUGUUGUGGAAAGAAAAAAAGUAGGCCUAAAGAGAAUGGAAUGAUUAUAAAUACCGGUAUUACAAUUAAGUGUUCAAAGUACAAUACUGAGCUCAUUAUUCUGUCCAAUACAUAACAAAAUACAAAAUAUUAUUAACAGUCAGGUAGAGAUGAAACCUUAGCAUUUUUAGAGUUGGCAGGAAAUGUUCUGAUACUGUAUGAGGUGAAUUUUAUUGUACAUGGAAAACUAUGCAAGUUAAAGAGUAAGGUGCCCUGAAAAACUAGUAUAUAAGUUUGCAAUGACACAUCUUUAUUCAUAAAUUUCAAAUCUUUUAUGCAAGUUCUUUAACUAUUUUAUUUGCACAAAUUUAGUUUUUUUUUAAUAUUAUAAGGUAAGAAUUGGAACUGUUAUGACUGAAAAAUGUUCUACACAGUGCUGAAGUAGGAGUAAUUUAAGGAACUAUUUAUUUUUUUAAGAUGAGUAAAAUUGCAGACAUUGUACUCAUCAUUUCUGGGAGGUUUAGAAGAACUAUUGUUUACCAAAAUGUUGGACAACUGCAUUCUGAGUAAGUGAUACGUAGCAUUUCAGUUACGUGAGUAAAUGGAAUAAUAGAUCAAGGUAAGAAAAUGAAGACCUAAGUGUUGAAACGUCAUACGAGUGAGAGUUGAGAACUGUAUCAUAUUGAUAAACAGUGAAGUUGUAAGAUGGCUACAAAAAAAAACCUAAUUUUUCAGAGGAAAAUUUUACUGAAAUGUAUGGCUCCUGUAAAUGAUGCUUUUAAUGCAGUGCAACCAAAAGUAUGAUAAUUUACAUACAACCCAGAGUGGACAAUUUUCACAACACUUAUCUGUGUUCAGGGAAGUAGUAAUGAUGAAAUGAAAGUGACAAAUAAGUAAAACAUAAGACAUACCUGUCCCUUUCAUAAUUUCUUAAAGCAGUUUGAAUGGUGUUGUAUAGGACAACAGUAUGUAUGUUGCAAAUAUGCCUUUGUUGUGAUAUAACAUACAGGUGUAUGUAUAUGGUCUCCCAAUAUGUGGUUGGCUUUUAGUUGCAACAUUAUUUUGCAUUUGGUUUUAUCAGAAGCCUUAAGCAGCAUUUAGUUAUUACUACCGCAGUGCAUGCAAGACGUCUUUCUUUGAUAUUCCAUAAAUAUUCUGCUGCUGCUGCCCUGUCUGAUUGAGGCUGCCAGAUGAAACAGUGUGUUCCCUCUUGGUCUCACGCUGUACUCAGCGUAUAUUUUGAUGUCCCCAUUUCAAUUUGCCUUCUAUUUUUGUUGUUCUGCAUUUGUAUCUGGGCCACUUGGUACAAUUUUACUGACUUUGGUUUCAACAUUGCAUGUGCACACUCGCAUGCACGCGCACACAUAUACACAGUUUCACGAUACCACUCUAGUAUAUUCUUUCAUGCUUCUCAUUUACGCACCGUAUAUUUCAGUCUCAAGUAGUUGGAACACUGUAGAUUUUUAAUUGUCAGCGAUCAUUGUGCUUAAAGGCUCCCAGGAAUGAGAGGAUCACAAUAUACUGUGAAUGCAAUGAUCUGUGAAUAAGACCACUUCUAAUUUGUUUCCACCAAUAUCUCUUCAGUCCAACCUUCAGGUAAUUGAUAGUUCAUUUAGUGGCUACAAUUGUUAUUUUUCUUACUGCUACUAGUAAUAUUAGUAUUUAUUGCAGUUGCUAUUACAGCUUAUUUAAGCAGUUGUAUAUGCAUCCUGACAUGAUAUGUAGGUAGUAUUGACAGUAAGGAGAAUAGAAUUUCUUUGUAGAACUGUACGUAUCUGAUGCAUGCAUUUCUCUUAAUUCACAAAGUCUUUAGAAGUACUUUGACAGUAGCUUGAUUUUUAUGUAUUCGGUACUUGUUCCAGUCGGUUAGUGAGGGUGCUAGGUGUAAUAUUUUGUGUGUGUGUGUGUGUGUGUGUGUGUGUGGAGAGAGAGAGAGAGAGAGAGAGAGAGAUAUGGUCUUGUAAGAUGGUGCUUUUAAUUGAUAGUUGGAUAUGUUAAACAUUACAAAAAUUGUGAAAAAUCUUCCGUGUGUGACAGAGAUGAGAUACGUUUCUGUUAUAUGUUUCAAUUUAUCUUGCCAAAUAUAUAAAUUUAGAUGAUGGUGAUCAUCAUGAUCAUAAUUGAUUUACUGAGAAAUUUCUCUUCCUCUCAUGUGUUGUGGUGGCAUUGAGAACAAUAUUAAUAUUUUGUGAUUGUUUUUUCUACAAAUCUGGAAAGUGCGGAGAGUUGUGUGUAAGUUGUAUAAACAAACACAUUAUAAUGAAUUGAUUACACUAAAUUUCCAAUAAAAAUAUAUUUUUCUUCAGAUAAUGGAGUGUUUCAUAUUUAUGCAUUAGUAUGAAUGUGUUCAUUUUCAUUUAGUAUUAUUUAAAGAUGUAUAACGUACCUGUGUAAGAAGAAAGGUAAAAACUGUAGAUGAGUAUAUUUGUUAAUCUUUCCACUGAACUUUGACAUUUGUUUCUGUUAAAUUAUUUACUUUUAGGAAAUCAUGUUUUUAAUAAAAUACCUGCAAUGAUCUGAUACUUGUUUAACAUUAUUUCAUUCCUUUUCUAAGGUAUUGUACAAGCAUACUCUCAGCUUAAACAUUGAGAGGAUUUUCUGAAGCAAUCCUGUUAUCUUCAUAUAAGUUUUCUAAUCUCUUAAAAUCUGUUUUUCUUUUUUUAUAAAAGUUAAUCUUUAUAAUUUGAUUGUAUAGGUGAUUUAUUCAUUUAAGUAGAGAACACUUGACAUAGAAGAGUUGUCAAUUAUGAUAUAAUUGUAAAGCAUCUUUAUUUUAAUUAAGAGUUGAAGGCUGGAGUAUGUGUUUCGUGGUACCAAGUGCCAUUAUUUCUUCCACAAGAUAUUGGAAUUGGACUGCAAAAUGAUUAUUGUCAUUUCAUAAGAUGAUGCCUGUGAUUCAUUGUUAAUGGAAUUGUUGGAGUAUUAGUGGAAUUUUAAAUGUAUUAUUAAGUUACAGAAGACUUUUGAUACAUCUGUUAGCAUGUGUCAUUACAAAAAGAAAAAUCUGUUUCUUGUAUGUGAAUUCAUCUGUUGUUGUUGAAAUAAAUUGUUUACAAUGUA